UGUGGUUCAUGCUUCCCAUAAACAAUAGCCAUAAAUAUAAACGUCAGGAGGGACGUUUUAAGGAGGCUGAGAACAGCAAACACAAAAUGAAGCAUGCUAUAUAAGUGACAUGAUCCCGUCUGAAAAUUGAGAAUUGACUUAACAAUGGCAGGCCUUGGGAUGAGAGAGUUGGGCUACACUGGACUAAAGGUGAGUUCUUUGGGAUUUGGAGCAUCUCCUCUGGGAAAUGUAUUUGGGACCGUGAAAGAAGAAGAUGCCAUUGCUUCAGUAAAUGAAGCUGUACGCCUGGGAAUCAACUUCUUUGAUACUUCACCAUACUAUGGAAGCACUUUAUCUGAACAGGUUCUGGGAAAAGCCUUGAAGACACUUACAAUACCCAGAGACCGGUAUGUAGUUUCAACAAAGUGCGGACGUUAUAAAGAAGGCUUUGAUUUCAGUGCUCAACGAGUAACCCAAAGCAUUGACGAGAGCUUGGCAAGGUUGAACCUUGACUAUGUGGACAUCUUGCAGUGCCAUGACAUUGAGUUUGGAUCAUUGGAUCAGAUUGUGAAUGAGACUAUUCCUGCUCUUCAAAAGAUAAAAGAAACUGGAAAGAUUCGAUACAUUGGCAUUACAGGACUCCCUUUGAAUAUUUUUCCCUAUGUGCUAGACCGAGUCCCACCUGGUUCAGUGGACGUGAUUCUAUCAUACUGUCACUAUAGUAUUAAUGACUCUUCUCUAGAGGAUUUGUUACCUUACUUGAAGAGCAAGGGUGUUGGAGUUAUCACUGCUUCUCCUUUUUCAAUGGGCCUCCUUACUGAGAGUGGACCUCCAGAAUGGCAUCCUGCACCAUCCGAGCUAAAGGCUGCUUGUGCAGCAGCUGCAACCCAUUGCAAAGCUAAGGGGAAGAACAUCUCAAAACUGGCGUUGCAGUAUAGCUUGAAGAACACAGACAUUUCUUCAGUAUUGGUUGGCAUGAACUCCAUUCAACAGGUCCAAGAAAAUGUUGCUGCAGCCAUUGAAGCAAACAAAGGUCAAAAUAUUGAUGAUGAAUUGCUCAAAGAAGUGGAAGUUAUCUUUAGUCCGGUAAAGAACUUAUCGUGGCCAAGUGGUGUUACUCAGAAUUAGCUGAAUUGCCAUAUAUGUGUGUAUUUAAGUAAUGUUUAUAUUGAGAUUAAUCCUCAUGCUGCCAAGUAAAUUUUCACCAGUGAUAAGACUUUGUAAAUAAGGUAGUCAAUUUCUUGGAAUAACUCUAGGGGAGUCUUAAAAAGCACCAUCUUCACUUUGUUUUUGAAAUUUUUUAAAGACAGUCACAAUAGUUAUUUCUUAUAAAUACUAUCUUAAUAUUUUAAAUUCUUCCAUAAAAUAAUGAAAGGUGUGCACUAUAGUUAUUCCUUAUAAAUACAAAUUGAUUACCACUGGACCAAUAAACUUGUGGUAUUUUUACAGCA